AUGGCUUUAUGGAAUGAGAAUGAACAAUUAUUGUGCAAGGUGUUCCCUUCAACAUUUGGGGAGAUAGCAUGGAAUUGGUUCCACAAAUUGCCGAAGAGAUGUAUGAAGAGCUGGGAAUGCCUGGCCGAGAUAUUUGUGGCCAAGUUUGUUAUAAACAGAUUGCAACCACUAAGGAUAGAUUCCCUAUUGGCUUUCAAGGUUAGCGAUGGCGAAAGCCUUAGGGCUUACGCUAAGAGGUACUACGAGGUUUACAACUGGAUCCCGGUUUGUAACCAAGAACUUGCAGUCGUGUCUUUCAAGAAAGGCUUGGAGGAUGACUGCCCAUUUCGACAAUCCCUUGCAAAGACCCUUCCAAAGAACAUGGUGGGCCUCAUGGUAAGGAUUAAGAAGUACGCAAGGGCAGAGGAAGAUACAAGUACAGUGAAGUAA